CAUCCGAGAUCAAUCAAUCCCUUUGGCAGGGAUUAGCUAUAGUCAGAGAUUGCUUUGACCGGCCGCUCUGCCUGCCUUUGAUACCAUCGACCACGCGAGUUUCCCGCCUGCAGCCAGCGGCUAGCAGCUAGCAGCAGCUUUUGCAAACAUGCCUUGGUACAACAUUCAUCAUCCACCACCUUCUUCCUCCUCCACCCCUUCCUCACGUCCCUCUUCACGUCCUCCCUCUCCCACCACCAAUCUCACCUCUCGCUCAGCCGCCCCAUCUCUCUCACCCCCACCCAGACGUGACAUCCCUAUCGAUCCUACCGAGCCCCUCGACGAUUACUUCUUCUCCUCCGGUCAUCAUCAACAAGAUUCUCUCCCUCUUCCCGUUCCCGGCUGGCAGACGCUCGGUACCAGCACCGUCGGCUCUUACUCGGCCGUUUCGGAUAUGGGACCAAGCAUCUCUAACCCUGCCACUCCAGCCGGAAGCAUUCACGGAGGUGAUAAACCUAUAGAGAUCAAGCUAGAUGCUGAUAACCUCGUCAUGAGAGGUUAUGGAUCAGAGAUGAACCCUGCCUAUCUGUCCGGAAGGGUCGAGGUCAACCUGCUCGAAGCCACAAACGUCAAAGAUAUCAGUAUGCAGAUGACAUGCAAGGCUAGAGUACAAUUCGUCGAUGUCGUUGGAACGUCCACUCGAAGUCAUCACUACACACACAACCUGGCAGUACAUGAUUGGAGAUUCUUAGGAGGUCGUCAAACUCAUACCAUGAAGGCCGGUCGACAUACCUUUCCUUUUUCUUUCGCCCUCGAAGGAACUCUCCCAUCAUCCGUCACGACCUACAAUGGCGACGCUUUUGUCAUGUAUCGACUCAAGGCUACCCUUGCAAAAGGCGGCUUCGUCACUCACACCAUUCACGCAGAGAAAUCCUUUACCGUACAUCGAAUGUUUUCGGCCGAUGCCUUGGAGUUCACCCAGACUUUGGAGAUUGAAAACACUUGGCCGGGAAAGGUCAUGUAUUCCAUCUCGAUCCCUUACAAAGCCUAUGCAGCAGGUGAUGACAUUCCUGUCAUUGUCAAGUUCAUGCCACUCGCCAAAGGCAUCAAAGUCUCUCAAGUCACCACGGUUCUCAAAGAAUACUCUGUCAUUCACAGCAAGCAUUCAGCACAUUCCGAUGUCCGAGUCAUUUUGACUGCCAAGCACAAAAUAGUCGAUGGUCGUGCUGUACUUGUAUCCAGUACCGAUGAUACUAGGCAACCUACAAAACUACCAUCCUCUGUGACUUCUCAAGCUUCUUCCGUCAACAACAGCGCCGCUAAUUCUCGAGCACCUUCACGCAGUUCAAGUCCUUCUCGCACUCCCCAACCGGCUCGUGCGGCCCUGCCCCGAUUUUCUGAAGCCACACCCAUGGCACAGCCUGCCCCAGUCAUGCCUGAUCAGCCCGUACCGGGACCAUCGAGCCGUCCUCACCAACCUCCACAAGAGGACGCCCAGGACGUCGAAAUUGGUGACGAUGAAAUCAAUACUUCUUUCUCUAUUAUCGUCCCCGAGUACACCACUCCAACUCAUACGAUCCACCCGAUACUCGUUCAGCACAAAGUUAAAUGGUCUUUUUCUAUCACCAAUCCAGACGGUCACGUAUCCGAACUACGAUGUGCUUUGCCCAUCAUCAUAUUGGAUAAUUCUCUGCUGGACGAAGCCCGAGAGGCGGGGGCUAAUACAAGAGCGCUACUGGUAGGAGGUUUGAUCGAAGACGGUCAAGUAAACGAUUUACCAAGCUAUAAUAAUCAUGUAUAUGAUCGUAUCGCCGUGGCAGACUCUGGCUCGACUACUGAAUACGUACCCCGAUCACGUCACCAAACACCACACCAUUCUCCUCAAGAUACCCCGCCCGCCAGUCGCUCCCCCACUCGACCCUCUUCCGUCACACGUCAUUCGUCCUACACUUCUGAUUCCGGAACAGAGAACCCACCAAGACCUGCCCUAGACGAGAAUAUCGACACGGAACUUCUUCUAUCGCUCGGGGCACUAGGUCGCGUCUAUAAUCUACCCCCAGGAGAAGGAUCACCAGGCCCGAUAGCCGAUAGUCUUCCGACCAGUCGCCGAGGCAGUCGGAUAUUUGGUGGUAGCCGCAAUUCCAGCCGAGCACCGAGUCCAGAAAGAGGUGUCGAACCUGCUCGACAAAACUCUGGACUCACAGGCUUUCUUAACCUUUCCCAAGCUUUCCGACAUCAUUCUGGAUCCGUGCCGACCAAACCUAUCCUUCGCAAUUCCGCUGCCCCUCCUGCUGAGGGGGUUCGGCGUAACGCCACUUCGUUCACCAAUAUGCAGAUGGCUACAGCUCAACCUGCAGUCCCGCAUCCCGCAAACCAUGUGCAAUUUGCCGGGGAGGCACAACCGAGAGCCCGUUUCCAUUUUCCCGGAGCGGCAACGCCCGAUGAAGAGCAAGCGAAUCCCCUCAAUGUCGUCCCCCCAUACGCCGUCGCCUCGCGGGGGUUCCUUGGAGGAGGGGUGGUGCCACUGGAUGUUGGUCUUCCUACGUAUGACGCGUCGGAGAGGCAAGUAGAGGAGUCACGUUGUGUCAACCCUCUCAUGAGACCUCGAAGUGACACGGCGCUGGUACAGCUCGGGGCGCGAGCUGCGAUAGAAGCCGAAGAACGUGCGACGGAGGAGGCGGAGUCUGUUCAAUCUUAG